AUGUCCCUUCCAGGCCGUACUGAAGCCACAAUGCAAACACUUGAAGGGAAGUUCGCCCCCAGCGUUGCUUUAGCCAACAAAAUUCCGAGCUUUCCUAGAAGAGUGUCUGCUUGUGGAUAUCUGACGGCGUUGGAAGUACUAGUAGACAGCAACCCAUCUGAUUAUUUCGGUACUCAAAUUGCUGCAAUCGGGCACAGGGUACUCAUCCACAAUUCGUACUACUUUCCGGACUGGAGCGCCCAGAAUAUGUUAACGGAAAAAGGGAUCAUGAACCUGAUCGGGAUCACUCCUUCCGUCACCUACUCCACCCCAAGUAUUAGGUCUCUCAACGUUUCUAAGCGGAAUUGUCUUUUCCACAACGAAUCCCAGCUUCACAAUUUUUACCACUACAACUACCAUAACUGCUUAACUGAAUGUCGCAUGAAUCUUAGUAAGCACUUUUGUGGGUGUAUCCCGUUUUAUUACUACCACGAAACGGGAACUUACCCCAAAACGCGCAUUUGUAACCUGAGGGAUAUCCACUGUCUGACGGAGCACAGACCUUUAAUCAUGAAUUCGGUGCCCGGGUUUGACUUUAGUACCAUUUCUCCAAACCACGAAUGGGGCACGGAACAACACGUGUGUAAAAUGUGCUUGCCUGACUGUGACUACGUUGACUACUCGGCGGAAUCGUCGUCUGGAAUAUUCACAAGGAAGUACUCAAGCAAUCAGUUGAAUUUGUUCGGAGGGGUUGUCAUUCAGCACCAAAGCGUCGUGAGGGUGUAUUUCAACGAUUUAGUGGCCACCAAAAAUCGACGGGAUGUUGUCUUCAGCUGGCAUACUUUACUGGCCUUUUAUGGGGGUCUGUUAGGACUCUUUAUCGGAUUCAGCUUCGUUUCUGCUGUCGAACUGGUUUACUUCUUCACAAUUCGCCUCCUCCUGGACAUAAAACACAAAAACGAAGCCGCCCAGACUAAAAAAGCCACACAUUUAGUCAACGUGAAGCCACACCAGGAAGAAAUUCUUAAUCCGAGACACCUCAUGACUUAUCAUCGCGAUAAAUUAAAUCUGAGGCGUCGAAGCAAUUCCAAUUCGUAA